GGAAUGUGGCUAUUAUGAGGGUAGGGGAUUAUGAUGGUGGUCAGAACCUGGUGAAGCCAAAUGGUAUUGUCUCAAAAGAUGUCCUGUGGCCCUGGUUGGCAGCAGUGUGGCUAUCUGGAUGGCAGCAGAGGACAGGGAGGUGAUGGAAGCCCGAGGGGCAGGAGAAAGCUGCCCCACCCUCUCCAAGGUGGCACCUGCUGACAGCAUGCCCGAGGGGAAGCCAAAGGCUUCUUUGGACACAGAACCCCCCAAACUAGAACUGCCUACCCUGGAAGAGAAUGUAAUCUGUGAGGACAGAGAUUGCCCAGGGCCCCCUAAGUCACUGUCUCCGAAGUCUGCCCCCACCACCAAGGGUCAGGCUGGCGAUGGACCUGGACUAGAACCCACGGAGCUGCCCCUGCCCCUGGAGACAGAACACCACAACGCGAUGGAGCUGGAGAAGGUGCGCAUGGAGUUUGAACUGACACGCCUCAAGUACCUGCACCAGGAGAACGAGCGGCAGCGGCAGCACGAGGAAGUGAUGGAGCAGCUGCAGCAGCAGCAGCAGGCUUUGCCUCGCCAGUUCUCAGGAGGCCUCCAGGACCUCUUGCUCCCCCAGAACCAAUUCGCCAUGUUCCUCUACUGUUUCAUCUUCAUCCACAUCAUCUACGUUGCCAAGGAGAUGGUCUUCUUUCUCUUCUCCAAGCAUUACCUGUUCUGCCUUGCGGCCAUCUUGCUGUGUUUGAUUAAAACCUUGUGGUCCUACUUCCAAGUGCCGUUGCUUCUUCCAUCGCUGACAAUGCCAUCUGUGCGCCAUCAACAUUCUCCCUCCCAUCACAACCUGGCUUGA